CCCAAACCUCAUACAUAGAUUAAGUUUCUUGCAAACCCCCUACCUAGAGAAAUGACAAAACUAAUCUGCAUCAUCGGUAUAACCGGCAACCAAGGCGGCUCCGUCGCCCGCCGCUUCCUCCUCGACCCCACCUACCGCGUCCGCGGCAUCACACGCAACCCCGCCUCCCCUGCAGCCCAGUCCCUCUCCUCCCUCGGCGUCGAAAUCGUCUUCGGCGACCUGGACGAUGUAGACACCCUCAUCCCCGCCUUCGCAGGCGCCCACCUCAUCUUCAGCGUCACGAACUACUGGGAGCCUUUUUUCCGGCCCGACUGCCGCUCCAAAGCCGCCGAGCUGGGUAUCGGGUGCAGAAAGUACGCGUAUGAAGUCGAGGUAAGGCAGGGGAGGAAUAUUGCUGAUGCAGCGGUGAGGACGGUGGAGACGUUGGGGGAGAAUGGGUUUAUUGCUUCGACGCUGAGUCAUGCGGGGGUGUGUAGUGGGGGGGCGUUCGGGGAGUUGUAUCAUUUUGAUGGGAAGGCGGAGGUGUUUCCGGGGUAUGUGGGGGAGAGGUGGGGGGAGUUGGGGGGAAAGAUGUCGUGUGUGCAGACGGGGUAUUUUAUGUCGAGUUAUAAGCUGUUGCCGGAUGCGUAUCUUGGGAAGCAAUCUGAUGGGACUUUCCAAAUGAGUUUCCCAACCGCGCCAAAUGCAUCGGUUCCUCAUCUCGCUGUCAACGCCGAUAUGGGGAAUUUCGUUUACGCCGUCUCCCAAAUGCCGCCUGGGAAGAGCUACAUGGCGGCAGGAACCGAAUGCAGCUGGAGUGAAUUUAUUAGGCUGUGGAGUAAUGAGACUGGGGUAUCUGCGGCAUACAAGGAGGUCACGCUCGAGCAGUUCAUUGAGAUGGUUCCGGAUAAGGAGUUUGGUGCGGAGGCGGGGGAUAUGUUUGCCUACUCUUCGGAUCCGGGGUAUGAUGGGGGUGAUGAGACGCUUUUGAGGGCGGAAGAUAUUAGGAAGGCUGGGAUUGACUGCCCUAUGACGAGUCUUGAGGAAUAUAUGAAGAAGGAGGAUUGGUCUGCUAUCCUUGGGCAAUAAGUUAGAAUGGCCAGUUGGACAUGAUAGGUGCUAUAACCAUGAAUAUAUAUAGAAAAAGAACAGACUUCAAC